UUUUCCCCUUACGUUGUUUGUCUUCGUCUUCUCCUUCCUCCGUCCUCCCCCAAACCGCGAGACAUCAGCAAACCCUUCUCCAAACAGAACUCUCCGCUCUCGCCCGCACCGCGCUCCAGUUCCCGCCCGCAGCACCAUGCUCAUCGCCACCUCGUGAUUCCUACUCCCCGAACCCGCACCCAAAAUUCGCCAUGGCAGCGUCGGAGCGGGAGGCCGGCCUCCUCGCCCGCGUGGCCGCGAACCACCUCUUCCUCGCUCAAUUCGAGCCCAUGCGCGCGGCUCUACUCAGCCUCCGCCGCCGCAGCGAUCCCGAUCUCGCUGCAGACUUCCUCCGCGCGGUGGUCGCCUCGGGGGGCCGCGUCCCUGGCGUGCUCUGGUCGGCGCUGCCCGCCUGCCCCUCCUCCUCCCACCUCGCCUGGCUCGUCGCGCUUGAGCUCGCUGCCCUCCCUUCCACUCCCAACCCCGAGUCGCUCCGCCUCAAGGCUGAGUUUCUCAUUCUUCUCCAGCCCAUAGCUGAUGACCCUGCCACCGGCGUCGAUGCUCGGGGAACGCUCGUGAAGCUGCUGGAUUUGGGGGUGGCGAGGCUGAAACGCGAGGUCGACGGCUAUGGGGAACCUGUCGAGGAGGUCCCGGUCACCGAGGAGGAUCUGAGGGGGUUGUGGGGGGUCGUCCUCGACAAUGCCGAGCUGUUUGACGCCCUGUGUGCGGGCGUUUCGAGGCAGAUCGGACUGGACUCGGGUUUUGGUGUAAAUGUGCUCCUGUGGUUGCGACGUAGCGUGCAGCUCGCCCACUUGGAUGCCAUGAAGGCGCUUGUCAUGGCUGGUGACGUCGAAAGUGCUACUGGGCAUAUACGGUUCCUCUGUUUGGAGAAUGGCGUAGAGGAGGACAGUUAUAAGGUUGUCCUAGGUGAUGUUGUGAAAAAGGGUUGGGAAAAAUCAUCAAAUUAUUUUGGAAAAUGGUUUGAAUCGCGUAAUAGAAUCAUUAAAAUUUAUGGAGAAGCACUUCAGUCAAGCAGUCCCCAGCUUGUUCAACUAAUUCAGAUCAUUCUGGAUGACAUUCUUUCUGAAGAAUUUGAAGACCACAGUAUCUCUGAUGCUCAUUGGAUGCCUCUUCCUUUCAAGAAGUUUCUGGAAACAUUGUGGUUGGAGAGGGAUGCUGAUUCAGAUGACAGGACCAUUUUGACCGAAGCUAUAGUAUCCUGCAAGAAAGAUCUAUUCCACUAUUCUCGACUUUCUGGAAAGCAUGUCCUUGAAGUUAUCAUGGAAACUGCUCUAUCAUUAAUUAAGAGAGAACAGCUUCAAGAAGCUGUUAAUGUUGUUUCUUUAUUUCCCCUUCUUCAGCCAUUAGUUGCUGUAUUGGGUUGGGAUAUUCUGAAGGGUAAGACAGAACUGCGGAGAAAGUUAAUGCAGUUGUUCUGGACAAGCAAAUCCCAAGCUCUGCGUCUACAAGAAUAUUCACAUUACCGUGCACAGACGGACGAGACAUCCUGUGAGGAGUACCUAUGUGACCUGUUGUGCUUUCAUCUGGAUCUUGCAUCCUUCGUUUCCAGUGUGAAUUCUGGGCACCCUUGGAAUUUGAGGAAUUCAUUGUUGUUCUCCCAACAAGAGCAAGAUUCAGUUGUUAAUGCAGAAACAUUAGACCCUUUUGUUGAGAACAUGAUACUUGAGCGGUUAGCUGUUCAGACUCCCAUGAGAGUGCUGUUUGACGUGGUCCCAGGAAUAAAGUUUCAAGAUGCAAUUGAGCUUGUUGGUAUGCAGCCACUUUCUUCAACAACUGCAGCUUCGAAAAGGAUGCAUGACAUCGAGCUGAUGCACAUGCGAUAUGCUCUACAGUCAGUUGCCCUUUCUUUAGGGGAGAUGGAGAAGUGUGCAGGUGAUGGGAAUGAGCACCAUUAUCACAUAGCUUUGUCAUAUUUGAAGGAGAUGCAAAAUUUUAUGGAGGCUAUCGAAAGCACUCCACGAAAGAUUUUCAUGGUCAGCAUUGUAUUAUCAUUAUUACAUAUGGACGACACUAUCAAGUUGCCGCAAGCUGCCCCCCCAGAGUGUUCUGUCAAUCAUGAUUAUUGUGAUAGUAAUACUGAAUCUGAAGGGAAGAACAUGGUGAUAUCUUUUGUUGGACUUCUGCUUGACAUACUUCGACAUAAUGUCCUAUUUAAAGGCCCUGAUAUGGACCAGUUGCCAAGUACUGGUCUGUCACCUGCUGGCAGGCAAGCAUUAGAGUGGAGACUCAAACAUGCCAGCCAUUCCAUUGAAGACAUGGAUUGGCGUCUAUCUGUUCUACAACGCCUCCCACCUCUGUCUGGACGACAAUGGAGUUGGAAGGAGGCAUUAGUCGUUUUACGUGCCGCUCCUUCCAAAUUGUUGAACGUGUGCAUGCAAAGGGCAAAUUAUGGUAUAGGAGAGGAAGCUGUACAACGAUUUUCUUUGCCUGCUGAGGAUAAAGCUUCUCUUGAAUUAGCCGAAUGGGUAGCUGGUGCAUACAGAAGAGCAUUGGUUGAGGAUGCUCUAAAUCGGGCCACAGACAACCCAAAUGUUGCACGCGAAUCAGAUAUUUUGUCAUUCCGUGCUCAGCUUGGUCCUUUAACUACGAUUCUGCUUUGCAUUGAUGUUGCUGCAACUUCUGCUAGGUCAGGGGAUAUGUGUAGAUUUCUUCUCGAUGAGGCUACAAGUUUGUUAUCUGAAAUAUUUCCAGGAACCUCCCCAAAAAUAGGUCCAACUUAUUGGGAUCAGAUUCAAGAAGUUGCUAUCAUAUUAGUGAUAAAGCGCAUCCUUCAGCGCCUGAGUGGCAUUUUAGAUCUGGAAGGUCGUCCAUAUCUUCAAGUAGUCUUUACCGAAGUGAGUGCCUCUUUGUCAACUGAAUCUAGCAGAGUUGGACAAAAGCAACGUCCACUUGGACUCCUGCAUCAGAUGAUUGAUGAUGCCUUCAGAGGAAAGCGUCAGUUCUUGAAUGGUAAUGCCUACUUUAUUCAGUUGAACUGUAAUUGUUGUUGCGAUUAUGUUCUAGAGGCAUUUCUGAACUUUUCUAUUUCAGGUAAACUUCACAAUGUUGCAAGAGCUAUUGUUGAUGAAGAUUCGGAUAAAACUUACUCGAAAGACGGUACCAAGUCAGAAAAAAAAGAUGCUUUGAUAUCUGAAAAAGGUACAGUCCUUGGUCAUGGACUUAGAAUCCUGAAGCAAGCAUCUAAGACUGACCCAACAGCUUCAAGUGUUCCUGAAAGCAGUUCAGACCACAAAGGUUCUACAAACAGAUACUUGGGUCAUGUAUCUACCAAGCCGUCGACAUACUUAUCAAACUUCAUAAUAUAUAUUGCAACCAUUGGUGACAUAGUUGAUGGAACUGACACGACUCAUGAUUUCAACUACUUCUCAUUGGUGUACGAACGACCAAAAGAUCUUUUAACUCGUUUAGUUUUUGAGCAUGGAAGCACUGACGCAGCUGCGAAGGUAGCUGACACAAUGGGUGUGGAUUUUGUGCAUGAGAUAAUAUCAGCUUGUGUGCCACCAGUUCUUCCUCCACGAACAGGACAAGGAUGGGCUUGCAUUCCUAUUUUAACCACAGUUUCCAAUAUUAUUUCUGAAAACAGUUCAACAGUUCCAAAGUCCCUCCCCCCUGAUCAAGGAUGGAGUCCACAUGAUUCAUUGUUGUCUUCUCGCCGGGAUCCGCUGUAUCCUCUUCAGUUAAAUUUAGUGAAGCAUUUAGCCCAAUUAUCAUCAGUAAGAGCAGUUCUGGCAUGUGUGUUUGGAAGUAGCAUACUAUCUGGUGACAGUGAAUCAUCUCCUACUUAUGUGAAGGAUGCAAUGCAAACCACUGAAGUUGAGAGGUCAUUCUAUGAAUUCGCUCUUGAACAAUCAGAGAGAUAUCCAACUUUGAACCGGUGGAUACAGAUGCAGUCUAACCUUCACCGGGUAUCUGAGUCUGCCGUGGCAGUUAAAACUGAAAAUGAAGUCGCCGUGCAUCAAUCAAAAGGAAAAAUUUCUAUUAAGCGAGCUCGUGAACCUGACAGUGAUGCUGAAUCAGAGCUUGAAGAUGUCGUCAUAAAUGGAAAUGCCGCUUCAAGUACACUAGAAUCCCCUAAAUAUGAUGAUGCUAAACUAGAGCCAACAGCAUUUAUUUCUUUUGACUGGGAGAACGAAGGACCAUAUGAGAAAGCCGUUGAGAGGCUAAUUAAUGAAGGAAAACUAACUGAUGCUCUUGCUGUAUCCGACCGUUGUUUGCGCAAUGGAGCGUCUGAUAAAUUACUUCGAUUGCUCAUUGAUCAAAGGGAAGAAAGAAGUCUAGGCACAGGACAAUUCCGCCCAUAUGGUUCCCGUAACUUGGGGAGCAAUACUUGGCAGUAUUGUUUGAGACUGAGGGAUAAAAAACUUGCAGCUCAGCUUGCUCUUCAGUACCUGCACAGUUGGAACCUUGACGCUGCAACCAAUGUUCUAACUAUGUGCAUCUGCCACUUACCUGAGAAUGAUCCUAUGCGGAGUAAGGUGCUACACAUGAAGCAAUCUCUGCAGCGGUAUGGUCAUAUUAUGAGUGCUGAUGACCAUUACACCAGAUGGCAAGAGGUCGAAGUUGAUUGUGAAGAUGAUCCAGAGGGGUUAGCACUCAGGCUUGCCGCCAAAGGAGCUGUAUCUGCUGCUUUACAGGUCGCCGAAAGUGCCUCUCUGUCAAUUGAUUUGCGGAGGGAACUGCAAGGCCGCCAGCUUGUCAAUCUUCUUACCACUGAUCCACUUAAUGGUGGAGGCCCAGCUGCGGCAUCACGAUUUCUAUCGACCUUACGAGAUUCCAAUGAUGCUCUUCCUGUUGCCAUUGGUGCCAUGAAGUUAUUACCUGACUUGCGCUCAAAGCAGCUUCUCGUGCAUUUUUUUCUCAAACGUACAGUUGGGAAUUUGUCAGAUGCUGAGAUUGCUCGACUUAAUUCAUGGGCGCUGGGUCUUCGUGUUCUUUCCUUAUUGCCAUUGCCAUCACAACAGCGUUGCUCUUCUCUGCAUGAACAUCCUCAGUUGAUUCUGGAAGUACUAUUGAUGAUGAAGCAACUCGAGUCUGCAUCUCUGGUUUUGAAAGAAUUUCCAUCCCUGAGGGAUGACAAGUUAAUCAUUGCUUACGCUAAGAAAGCAAUCUCUGUCAAUAUUGAUUCUACUCUUAGGGAACCUCGACAAACCAUCUCUGCGGCAAGAGAAAAACAAAAAAAGGCUGCCAUACCAGCUAAAACAAAUUUUGUGCAGAGUUUUGGCAACUUUCAGAGAGAGGCACGUAAAGCAUUCUCAUGGGUGCCCCGCGACGGUGGCACCAAAACCCCCCCGAAAGAUAUCCCUCGGAAAAGAAAGAGUUCAGGCUCAGGUGAUAGAUCCUCUUGGGAAGCGAUGCCUGGUGUACAGGAGGAGCAGACACCUGUUUACCCUUCCGAAGGACAAGAUAGACUUCCUUUUGUUUCUGCUCCUGAGGAGUGGGUGCUUACCGGAGAGUCUGAUAGGGAUAACACAACUCGUUCAUGUCAUAGAUAUGAAUCCUCUCCAGAUAUCGCACUAUUCAAGGCAUUGCUUUCACUGUGCACCGAUGAGUCAGUAGCCGGAAAAGGUGCACUUGAACUAUGUGUUACUCAGAUGAAGGUUGUACUAAGCUCCCUACAGUUGCCUCUCAAUGCAUCUAUGGACAAUGUUGCCCGGGCUUAUCAUGCAACGGAAACUUAUGUGCAGGCAAUCUCUUAUGCAAAAAAUCUACUAAAAAAGCUCACCGGGAGUAGUGAUUUGUCAAGUGGCUCUGAAAGAAGUAGAGAUGCUGAUGCUGUUUCUGUGGACGCUGGCAGUUCAAGCACUGGGGUCCAACAUCAAGAUGAGCUGUCUGAUCUCCUUGCUCAAGCAGAUAUGUGGCUAGGGCGUGCUGAGCUUCUUCAAAGCCUGCUGGGAUCAGGUAUUAUUGCAUCACUUGAUGAUAUUGCUGGCAAAGAGUCUUCAACUAGUCUACGUGACAGGCUGGUCAGUGAUGAGCGAUACAGCAUGGCUGUAUAUACUUCUAAGAAGUGCAAGAUUGAUGCUUUUCCAGUGUGGGUUGCUUGGGGCCAUGCUCUAGUUCGAAUGGAACACUACGCUCAAGCCCGUGUGAAAUUUAAGCAAGCUCUUCAACAGUUCAAAGGUGAUGCGCCUCCUGUUGUCCUUGAUAUCAUUAACACAAUUGAAGGAGGUCCUCCUGUUGAUGUUUCUUCUGUCCGCUCUAUGUAUGAACAUGUAGCAAAAAGUGCAGCAACCAUCUUCGAUGAUUCCCUUUCUGCUGAUUCUUAUCUUAAUGUUCUAUAUAUGCCAUCCACAUUCCCACGAUCUGAGAGGUCCAGGCAAUCCAGAGAUUCUCUAGAUAACCAAUUUUCGUCUGCUAGCUCAUACCUUGAAGAUGGUCCUCGCAGCAAUCUUGAUAGCGUCCGAUAUGCAGAGUGUAUUCAUUACUUGCAGGAAUAUGCUCGCCCACAAAUGCUGGCUUUCAUGUUCAGGCAUGGCCAUUAUGCAGAAGCAUGCUCUCUAUUCUUUCCAUCCAGUGAACCAACCGCAGAAGGGGAAACAUCUUUGUCUUCAGUUCCUCGGAGUGAUCCUUUAACAACUGAUUAUGGGACAAUUGAUGACCUGUGUGAUCUAUGUCUUGGAUAUGGUGCUAUGUCUGUAUUGGAGGAUACAAUAUUAGCAAUAACUCAAUCCACGACAUAUCAUGACACAACUGUGAUUCAGUACAUGAACACUGUUCUCACCCGCAUUUGUAACUACUGUGAAAUGCAUCGGCACUAUAAUUAUCUUUACAAUUUUCUGGUUCUAAAAGGUGACCAUGUGGCUUCUGGCCUUUGCUGUAUUCAGUUAUUCAUGAAUUCAAUGUCCCAAGAGGAAUCUCUGAAGCAUUUGGGACAUGCCAAGACACAUUUUGAGGAAGCCUUAUCUGUACGAGAUAGAACAAUUGAGGCUACAAAAUUGGUAUCACGGACUGCUCGCAAUAAGAGUGCAUCGGAAAAACUAACUCGAGAGAUGAUAAUGAAAUUUUCUACCAGAGUUUCCUAUCAGAUGGAUGUUGUGAAGGCCCUCAACAGUGUAGAUGGGCCUCAGUGGAAGACCUCCCUGUUUGGAAAUCCAACUGAUCCUGAAACUCUGAGGCGAAGGUGCAUGGUUGUUGAAACUCUGGCUGAAAAACAUUUUGAUUUAGCUUUUAGAAUGCUUCAUGAGUUUGAUCUUCCAGUUGUGGAUGUUUAUGCCGGUGUAGCAGCAUCCCUCGCAGAGAGGAAAAAAGGUGGCCAGUUAACGGAGUUCUUGAAAAACAUUAGAGGAACCAUAGAAGAUGAUGAAUGGGAUCAGGUUCUGGGUGCUGCUAUAAAUGUUUAUGCUAACAAGCAUAAAGAAAGGCCAGAUCGACUUAUUGACAUGCUAAUCAGCAAUCACAGGAAAGUACUUGCUUGCGUUGUUUGCGGCCGUCUAAAAAGUGCAUUCCAGAUAGCCUCACGAAGUGGAAGUGUAGCUGAUGUUCAAUAUGUUGCCCAUCAGGCAUUACAUGCAAAUGCAUUGCCGGUUCUUGAUAUGUGCAAGCAAUGGCUGGCCCAGUACAUGUAACUGAAAGUGUUCUGACUCUGCCGAGGGAGAAUUUAAAUUAGUACAAAAAAAGGGGUUUUGCACCAAUGAGCAGAAUUCUUCUCUGGGCCAAGCGGG